AUGAGCGGUGCGGUAUGCCUUCACAAACAGCGGGGCGAGCAGGAAGAGAGAAUCGAGCUGGCUAACGUGGAAAAGUGGACGAGUGAUCUCAAGUUUGAGACGGAGAGUAAGGGCGAGGGCGGGUCGAAGAUGGAGGUGGAGAUGGGAGCUGCAACUAAAGCAGGGGACCAAGGGGAAGGGGGAGAGAAACGCAGCAGGAAGAGGUCUGCGGACAACGACUUGCCCCCGACGACAAUUAAGAAAUCUCGCUCUGAGCUUCGGGGAGGACAGGGCGGUAGUCCAGGGCGUAUCAAGAGGUUCAUAAGCUUCCUCCACCCCUUUCGGAGAAGACGGACUAAGUCAAAGAAAAGCAGAGAUGCCGAACCGACGACAGCUGUACCGAGCACAGAGGACUUACCGCGGCCAGCAGUAGAGUGCUACAUUUUCGCAGAAGCUCUCAACCCAAGAACCUUAUUCGGCACCGGAAAAGAGGACGUGAGGGCCCUCCACUUCCGCGACGCCAUUGAAGAACUCAUCCAGCUCGUCGAAGACGCGCCGCACGCAAUCACCUCCACGGACCCCCUCAUGCGCGAAUACCACACAAAGCAAUUCAAAGAGAUACAGGCCGUCCUCCGCAAAAUCCCAUCCAUUGCCAUUUCAAAGAAAAUCAUCGACGAAAAGCUCCUGGCGAUCCGGAAAGAGGAGACGGCGAUUCGGAAGGGGUACAUUCGACAUCUCAGGGGGCUGAAGGGGAAGGAGGCCAGAACGGAGCGUAGACAGCAGCUAGUGCGGGAGACGCAGGUUCUGCACCGCCAACUGCGGACCUGCAAUGAGCUGAAUGACAAGAUUUUUGCGUUUGGGGCAGAGGGUGCGGCGAUAUUUGCCGACUGGAUCGUGGAGAUGAAGAAGCGCGUCGAGGGGGAACUCGAGUUUGGGGAGAGGGCGAUGAUGGUGCCGUAUUUGGGCGAGGUUCAGGAACAUGGCCAGGAGGUCUAUUACGUGUGA